AUCGACUACGGCCGACUGCCGAGCAAGUGCAACAGUUUCGUUUGUUCAGUCAUACUAAGCUGUAGUGGUUUAGGUUAUUUUUUUUUCCUCGGCUCGCGAUGAGUACAUUUACAUCGUAUCGUCGUCGUGUCUUUAGCAGCUUACUUAUGCAUUCGUCUACACAAUCCACGCGUCUUUUCAUUAUUUCAUUUUGAAUUUUUUUUUAACCCGUUUAAUAUUAGCCAAAAAACAAGAAACGAAUUAACCACGACGAAGACAAUAUAUUAGGUAUUAUUGAACGCAAUAAUAUAUUACAAUAUGGUAAUGGAGAUGUAAACAUGGGGGAACAAUACAUAAGAAGUCACCGACACAGUUGGUGGCCACCAAGACCGCCAUGGAUAACACUGAUGUCGGUAUCACUAUUAGUGAAUUUGGCGAAUACUUCAAUAACCUGUGGCCCGGGUUUUAAAUCAGCUGGAGUAACCGUUCCGAGAGGUGAUAUUGUCAUUGAAUACGGUUCCGGCACCCCCUUGGAAAUCACGUGCGUCUUAGAUCCCGACAAUGAAAAUGUGCAACACCUGUUUCGGAAUGACACCAACGAUGGCGGUGAAGCUAAAACACCGAGCCAGCGGAUCCUGUUCUACAAGAACGCCGAACGCGUGUCCAGACAGUACAUGACGAUUAUCAACGCAACGGCCGCUCAAUUGCGCAUUUCCAAUCCACCAGCAGGCCGAGAUACCUAUUAUUGCGUGCUGUUACUUGACGACCAACUGGGUCUAAACCACAGCUAUGACAACAUGAGUACUGCUCAGUUGUUAUCCACAUCGUCAAGUGAUUCGUCGACAUUUCCCACCCCGCCACCGACGAGCUUGGAAACUAGUGGUCCACCCUCGCUGGUAUCACAAACCUCUGAGGUCGGGGUGUGUCUCAACAGCGUUGCCGUUGGAUAUAAACCGGCCCCAAUUACAAAUUUUUCUUGUAUAUCUGACAAUUGGGUAAGUUUGACGUGCAAUUGGACCAAACCAGAGAACCCAAUUAAAACAUCAUAUAAGUUAUUCUUCAGAUUACCUGGUCGUGCUGGAGGCAGAACUAUUAUAAAUUGUCCUAAGGAUUCAGAUUCCAGAGAAAAUACGUGUUAUUGGGAUUUUUCCACCACGCCAAUAUAUAGGCAACCAUACGAAUAUUACUACUUUACAUUACUUGGCGAUAACGUAUUGGGAAAUUCAACUACACCUAUACGUUUUCAUCAUUACGCCAAUGUUAUCCCCGCGAGCCCUAUUAAUAUUACAGUGGUGGAUAAAACACAAUCUAGUGCCAUGAUAAGGUGGUCUGUAGGCACAAUGACCGCCUUUCCACGAGAACUAAUUCAUAAGAUCGAAUAUAAAUCUCAAUGGGAUUCUAAUCCUGAACAUUGGCAUUCUGUAAAUGUGAGUGACGUUUGUAAUUCGUCAUCAACUUCCAAUCAAACUAAUUCUUAUUCGAAUUGUCGAGAACGUGAUACCGACUAUUAUUAUUUUAAUGUAACUGAUUUAAAAUACCCUUUCACGCAUUACGAUUUUCGCAUAUAUGUACGUUCUUCAGUUGCUCGUGGGGAGGAUAAAUGGUCUCCUCCUGGUUGUAUAACAUUGAAAACCAAGCCUUCAAUACCUAGAAGACCUCCACGAACUGAUGUUGGAAGCUUCGAGUGUGUUACGUCACCAGUCGACAAAUCCAAAAGAGACGUGUUUAUUUAUUGGCAAAAUAUUGAAGACAACGAAAAAUGUGGUGACUCAUUUGAGUAUCUUGCUUACUAUACUUCCACAACUACAGAUAACAAAACCAUUAUUCACCGUAGUAAUGAAACAUAUAAGAAUUAUGCCAAGUUUGAAGGACUCAGUACAGACAUUGGGUACAAUUUUACGGUGUAUUCAUCAAAUAAAGAAGGUUUAUCAACCGAUUAUUCGACAAUUUUCGUUCCCAAUGAAUCAGACAAACUUGAAGAACCGCUAUCAUUUACGAAAAUGGCAUUUGAUGAACGAGGUGUAUUUGAACUUUCGUGGAAAAAUGCCAGUAGUCAAAAAUUGUUAGCAGCUGAUCAAGUCAAUGAUUAUACUAUAUUUUGGUGUGAAAAUGAUAAGGAUCGUCCAUACCAGUGCAAUGGUUACAUGAACUGGAUGCAUAUACCAAGUUCAGAAUCUUGCUACAAUAUUACUGUAUCGGACCAUAUGAAAAUUUAUCAAUUUGCAAUAAGCGCUAACAGUCAAAGCGCACUAAAGACCGGUGUUAUUAGUCUUUAUCAACCAACCUCUAUUAGUAGUGGGAUGGUAUGGGCCUCAUGCACAGUACUACAUAAUAAAAUCGUUGGAAAAAUAAAAAAUGUCUGGGUAAAUAUGAUUAGCUCGACGUCUAUGGAAUUGAGAUGGAAACUUGACUGCUCUGAUAGAAUAGGCGCAGUUUUAGGAUUUCGUAUAUUUUACUGUCCUGUAGUAUCCAUAAAUAAUUCCGCUUGUAAAGAACCUAUGUUAAAUAAGACUGUUAGUGGUGAGAUGGCACAAGACAGCAGAGGAAUUGCAAGCAUUACAGAUCUCAAGUCAUAUACUACAUACAUGGUUACCAUUGCAUUGAUAACAAAACAUGGCGAAGGGUUACAUAGCGAUCCUUUGCUCAACACCACUCUAGAAGGAGCGCCCGAUAUUCAAAACCUAAUAAUAAAUGUCACGAAACUGACCAAUACGACCGUAUCUCUUCAGUGGUCGCCUCCUAAAUUCACUAAUGGUGUUGUUCGUUACUACCAUAUUCAUUAUUAUUUGGACGAUAUAAUACAGCAGCAGGAUUUGAUUGAUUCAUUUGAUGAACAGCAAGUCAUAAAUGAACAACGCCGUAUUACGGUUCACGACACAAAGUGUCGUUUGGAUCACCUUGAAAGUUACAGAAGCUAUACAAUUACCAUCACAGCAUGCACAACAGUUUGUUCAGAGCGUUCACUUCCUAUAAAAGUUCGAACAGCUGUAGGGCUGCCAGGAAGGGUUUCUCAACCAAAUUUGUUUUACGAAAACAGCACUAGAAUAGCUGUAUCUUGGCCGAAGCCCGCGAAACCGGCUGGUCCGGUUGAUUAUUAUGAAUUGAUUGUAGCUCAUCAUAGUGGACCAACAAAUUCGCAAACUACGAACAGCGGUUCAUCUUCGCCCACCGCUUUGGCUUCCACACUAAUACAGGAAAAUCCGAACAAUUUCUUGUACCACAGCAAUUCUAACGUGUUCCGUGUUCCUGUUCCGGAUUGUAAUAAUGAACAGGAUAAGGGUCAACAAACUUUUUCAUUUGCAGUACGAGCUGUGAAUAACAAUCCACUUGAUCCUCAUAUGCCAUAUUAUGGUCAGUGGUCGGUUCCUGGGUCGGUCAGUUGUGUGUUACCAGGUCUUCCUCUAGCACUACAUUUAGUAAUAUGGUCAUGUUUGUUCAUAGUUUUGUCCACUGUUUCCACGUACUGGGGUAACAGACUCUGGAGAAAAUACAAAAUUAUGCACAACGUAGAAGUGGUUCUACCACCCACGUUGAACAUAAAUUUUAAAUUUGACCAUUACAACAACUUUGGUGAAAACGUAUUGGAACCGGGUCAACAAUAUUACGUAGAGGACGGUCACAUAAUAUACGAAAACGCGCCGGCCGACGUUGACGCCACCACCAUCACGUUCCACAACGGAAAUUCAAACGCGUCGUCCGGGUCCAACCGCCGCCAAAACAGUAGCGCCAAUGCCAGUAGUUCCGAGCGUCUGCCGUCGUCCCGGUGGAGUCCCGCGACUGCAUCGACGACCAUUACGGUGGCCGACGACGAUGAUUCGUCGUCCAGCAAACAUCAACUCAUAAUGCCAUCGUCAUUACCAAAAACGAAGAGUGAGAGUCUAAGCGACGGAAACAGCGUGAAAAGCCACGAAGAUGAAGUGCUCGAAGUAGUUCCACCCACCGAACCAGUCUUACCGUUCUUUUCGUUGCCCCCCACGCCAACGAUAACAACAGCCGCAACGACUGGCAAUACGAUGGUGGAACUGCGCGGCAGCAUCAUCCGCAGCGGUAAUGGUUACCAGAGCACCAGUAAUGGAUACCAAAGCAGCGGUAAUAACGGAUACCAGAGCGCCGGUGGUAAUGGCUACCAGAGCACCAGUGGUAACGGAUACCAGAGCACCGGUAAUAACGGAUACCAGAGCAGUGGUAAUGGUUACCAAACCAACGGUAACGGUUACCAGAGCAGCAACAUCUGUCAGAGCGUCGCGAAAAACCGAUUCGUCGGCGACAGUCGCGGUGACGGUGUUGUUGCCCCUGCGGCGGUCAUUAGUUGUUUCGUGGGCGACCAGCGGCAGUCAAACGACAAAAAUCUCCGGCGGUGUGGCGGUGGUAACCCAUCGCCAGCUGCAGACGUUGCGAGGGAAUUUUUAUUUCCCGCCGCAGAAACUGUCACUGACGAAACCCGCUCACACCACGAACAGGAAAGUGAACUGCUACCUUAUCGUAUCGACGAUCGUAUCGAACAACAAUCGCAACGACUGCCGCAAAAAAAUCGACACGAUGGCUAUUGUGGUAAACAAAUGAUGAUCGCAGCGGCCGCAGUUUCUGGUGUUCCCAACGAUCUUGGACCAGUCAACGGCGGCAGGGAAACCACACCAAGCCAACAACAACAGCUACCGCUACCGCCGCUACCAUCUACACCGCCAUACCAUCAACAACAACCAAAACGGCUGCAAUCGCCGCCACCGCCGCCGCCACCCCCGUCACCGGCACAACAACUGCCGUCGACGACGACGCUUCUCGCUUCGAGCACGGCGUACGUCAUGUUGGACAUGGUGACCGCAGCGGCCGAGAAAAAACGGCUCCUGCACAUGGGCGGCGGCCGAAUAGACUUUGGCAAACCCGUCGUCGUCAUCCAACAACCGGCUGUGUCGGUUGACGCCGGUCGCGGUACUUCCUCUGCUCACAUAUGAACUAAGUUGCUGUAGUCGCGCCCUAUUUAUAAUAAUUAUGUUUUAUGUCCAAUAAAAAUGAAUGAACACUUUUUCCGGUUAGUUAG